CCCGAAUCAGUGCGUUCAAAGGGGCGUGCCUGGGCAUGGCAGGACUGGAUCGACUGGAGAGGACCGCUGCAGCCGGUGGCGGCAAUACUGAUAGAAACAAGAAUCGAAGGGUCGAUAUGGAUAGCAACGGAAAAGGGGUCUACCGCGUCAGCACGAAGGAAUAGAGCUUGGACCUCUGCAGCACAAACCUCAAACGAACCGGUCGCCCGGCCAGGUCUUCCAGGCCAUUCGGUCCGUCGAAGUGCA